GCUGCGCGGGGGCGCGGGCGAGGAUGGCGGCAGAGAACGAGGCCAGUCAGGAGAGCGCCCUGGGCGCCUACUCGCCGGUGGACUACAUGAGCAUCACCAGCUUCCCCAGGCUGCCGGAGGACGAGCCGGCGCCCGCGGUCCCUCUAAGGGGCCGCAAGGACGAGGAUGCCUUCCUGGGAGACCCGGAUACCGACCCGGACUCCUUCCUGAAGUCAGCGCGGCUGCAGCGGCUGCCGUCGUCGUCGUCGGAGAUGGGUAGCCAGGACGGGUCGCCCUUGCGGGAGACGCGCAAAGACCCGUUCUCCGCGGCAGCGUCCGAGUGCUCCUGCCGCCAGGACGGGCUCACGGUCAUCGUCACGGCCUGCCUCACCUUUGCCACCGGUGUCACCGUGGCGCUCAUCAUGCAGAUCUACUUCGGGGACCCCCAGAUCUUUCACCAGGGCGCUGUGGUGACUGAUGCUGCCCGCUGCACAUCGCUGGGCAUAGAGGUGCUCAGGAAACAGGGAUCUUCCGUGGAUGCAGCUGUGGCAGCAGCCCUGUGUUUGGGGAUCGUGGCUCCGCACAGUUCUGGCCUGGGCGGUGGGGGUGUGAUGCUGGUACAUGACAUCCGACGAAAUAAGAGCCACCUAAUUGAUUUCCGGGAGUCUGCACCAGGGGCUCUCAGAGAAGAGGCCCUGCAGAGAUCCUGGGAGACCAAGGUGGGGACCCUGCCUGGGCUCUUGGUGGGGGUUCCCGGAAUGGUGAAGGGGCUAUACGAAGCUCACCAGCUCUAUGGCAGGACUCUCCUUCCCAGAAACCCCCCCUCGCCCCCAGGACCCCUUUUCCUCCCCCAGGACCUCCUCCACCCCCUGCUCUCCGGCUCCCCCAGGCUGCCAUGGUCCCAAGUCCUGGCCUUCGCAGCAGCUGUGGCCCAAGAUGGCUUCAAUGUGACCCAUGAUCUAGCCCAAGCCCUAGCAGAACAGCCGCCGCCCAAUGCUUCUGAGCGCUUCCGUGAGAUGUUCCUGCCGACGGGUCACCCGCCCCUACCUGGCUCGCUGCUGCGACGGCCUGACCUGGCGGCGGUGCUGGAUGUGCUUGGCAUCUACGGCCCCGCCGCCUUCUACGCGGGUGGCAACCUCACGCUGGAGAUGGUGGCAGAGGCUCAACACGCAGGGGGUGUCAUAACUGAGGAGGACUUCAGCAACUACAGUGUCCUCUUGGAGAAGCCUGUGUGUGGCGUGUACAGAGGCCACCUCGUUCUCAGUCCCCGCCCCCCACACACGGGCCCUGCCCUCAUCAGUGCUCUCAACAUCCUUGAGGGCUUCAAUCUUACCAGCCUGGUAUCCCGGGAACAAGCUCUUCAUUGGGUGGCAGAGACCCUGAAGAUCGCAUUAGCUCUGGCCAGCAGACUGGGAGAUCCUGUCUAUGAUUCUACCAUCACUGAGAGCAUGGAUGAUAUGCUCAGCAAAGUGGAGGCUGCCUACUUCCGGGGCCAGAUCAGUGAUUCCCAGGCAGCCCCUGUCCCACUCCUGCCCAUCUAUGAGCUAAAUGGGGCUCCCACAGCUGCCCAGGUGCUGAUCAUGGGCCCUGAUGACUUCAUUGUGGCCAUGGUCAGCUCCCUGAACCGGCCCUUUGGCAGUGGCCUCAUCACCCCCUCGGGGAUCCUGCUCAACAGCCAGAUGCUGGACUUCUCUUGGCCCAACAGGACUGCGAACCACCCUGCUCCCAGCCUGGAGAACUCGGUGCAGCCAGGGAAGCGGCCGCUGUCUUUCCUGCUGCCCACUGUGGUCCGGCCGGCAGAAGGACUCUGUGGGACCUACCUUGCCCUGGGGGCCAAUGGAGCUGCCCGGGGCCUCAGUGGCCUGACCCAGGUUCUGCUGAAUGUCCUGACCUUGAACCGGAACCUGAGUGACAGCCUGGCCCGUGGCCGCUUGCACCCCGACCUGCAGACCAACCUCCUGCAGGUGGACAGUGAGUUCACAGAAGAAGAGAUUGAGUUCCUGGAAGCCAGGGGUCACCACGUGGAGAAGGUAGAUGUCUUGUCCUGGGUCCAUGGCAGCCGGAGAACCAAUAACUUCAUCAUCGGUGUGAAGGACCCCCGGAGCCCAGAUGCAGCUGGAGCUACCAUCCUGUAGAGCAGCGGGGUGGGGCAGGGGUCUCUGCUCCUCGCCCUUGCAUGUUCCUUGAGUCCCUCCUUCUCCCAGGUUUGGUCUCAGAGGGACCCCAGGGAUGCCCCAGAUCAGGGGCCAGAGGGGAUGCUUAGCAAACCCUAUCUCAGAGUAACUGGAAAAUUCUCCAUCUGAAGGCCUGUGGUGGUGGCAGGAGUGGUGAGUGUCCGUGUCCACAACCAGGCAGGCAGGACCUUGAGGAGUCAAACUAUCUGCCUCCUUUCCCUCAGCCAUGUGGGUCCUGAGAUUAGGGAUGUGCUUGCAAACCCUUCUCAAGAGUCCUCACCACCCCAGCAUCUCCAGUUGGGCCUGACCUGGCCUUGUCUUCCAGCUCUCUUCUCCUGUCCCCAGCCUCAUUUCUUAAGUGACUAGGAUUUUUUUUAAUGGACCAUCGUAGGGAGGGGGUGCUCCUCUCCUCCUCCCCUCAGUUGAGGUGGGGGCCUUACAUCUGGGGGGGCCCAGGGUGUGGGGUAGGCGUGGGGGUGGGGACCAGCUCAGGGGCUUCCAUUUGCAAAAGGAAAUUAAAGAACGAAUAUUGCUUAA